AAUCUUGGGGAAACUCAGUGGAAAUUUCUGGUCAUCCAUAUUCGUCCAUAAAGGAGUUAUCAGAGAGGGCAAAGCAAUUAGCAAGAAACGCGCUGUCCCUCUUCUACAAAGCUAAAUCAGAGAAGUUUUGGGACCUUUAUAAAAAAUUUUGUAAGAAGUUUUGCCUGAAUAUGGAGAACCCACUCGAAGAGGGUAUUUUGGUGUUCAUUAUGUGGCUAGAUAUAACGGGCCUGGGGUCACAAACCCCCAGAGUCCUACAAGUGGUGGUAAAUAACCUGUGUUUUGAAGGAAAAGAGGACUUUAGAAAGUUGUUAGCCAUAAAACAA